CUCCUCCCUCGUCUCUGACCACUAAGUACAAACCUCGGUAUUGCGGAUGUUGUAGCAUUGAGCGAGGCUUACUUAGCAACGUCCCAAGGACCGCAUGUUUCGCCCAUACAGCGCGAUCAUGGCCAAUUCACCCGAGGGGUGCCAAUUCUGGACAACUCGUAUGGACUAACCGCUUUUGAUGGAGCUCCCAACCAAUAGUGUGUCCCAUGUUUCCUAUGCGCGAGAGGCAGCACUUUGCUUGCUUACCACAAGAAGGUCAGGUCAACGGUUGAAACGCUGCUGCAUACAAAAUUCUCCAUGGCGAUGUGCGUUCAAGCCCACGAGCCACAAGCCACUGACGUGGAGCAGACCUUUCGCUCGACGUGUAAGAUGCAUAGCGACUCGAAUACCAGUUGCCUCACCCCUGAUAGUCUAGCACCGGUCCUAGCCACAGCUAGCUGCGAGAUCUCCAUGUCUGCAGAGGAGUCAGUACCUGAUUAACUGUUUUCGGCCAGCGGAGCGAAACUUCUAUUUUCUGAGUUCAUCAGGCCGCCAAAUUGAAGUCCGUUUCUUCAGCACAUAUAAAGCAAAUUUAUCUGCCCAAAGCUUCAUGGAGUCCAUCACCAACACUCUUUCCUUCCUCAAAUACAUUCAAAAUGAGAGCUCUCAGCCUAGGAUUGGGCGUUACUGCCCUCGUGUCCAUCGCUUACGCACAAUUCCCUCCGACGCCGUCUGGGGUGACUAUCACCACUUCCAAAGCCAAUGAGGCCGUCAAGAUUUCCUGGAAGAAAACACAAAUAUGUGAAACGACGUCUGGAGUCAAGACGUAUAGUGGCUACGUCCAUCUUCCUGGAAGUCUGCUGGCCGACGUAGGAGGUUACGAUAUCAAUACCUAUUUCAUCUACUUCGAAGCUCGCAAUAAUCCAGAAUCAGCUCCUCUUGGCAUCUACUUAGCAGGGGGCCCUGGUGAAGCCUCCACCUAUGCAGCGUUCGCAAGCGAGAGCGGGCCGUGCUAUGUCAAUGUCAAUGGUACUGACACCGUGCUCAAUCCAUGGUCAUUCAACAACAAUGUCAAUAUGCUCUACAUCGAUCAACCAACUCAAACCGGCUUUUCAUAUAGCUCGCUCAUCAACGGAACCUAUGAUCUGGAAUCUUUGAACAUCACUCCAGAGAAAUUCACUGCCAGUUCCUCCCCAAUUGUGAACGGUACCUUUGGAUAUGGAACAUUUGCAGACCAAGACGUGUCGACCACUGCGAAUACGACUGUUGCGGCAGCAAAAGCUCUGUGGCAUUUCUCAGAACACUGGUUCUCCUCUUUCCCCGGGUAUAGCACGUCUUCGAACAAGAUCAGUGUGUGGGGGAACUCUUAUGGCGGCUUCUGGGUACCCGAAACCGCGGUCCAAAUCAGUAAGCACCUCAAGAACCUCACAGAUUCUCAUCCUUUAAAAGCGAAGAAUCUCAAAGUCGAUGCCAUCGGAAUAACAAAUGGAUGUGUCGACUUUGAGUACUCCAUGGAGGGUUACCUUGACUUUGCCAACAAUAACACUUACGGUGUCAAAUUCCUUCCUCAGGAUUUGUACGAAGAUGCUCAUAACAAUGUCACCAAGCCUGGUGGCUGCCUCGACCUGAUAAGACAAUGCCGUCAGGCAAGCAAAGUUGGCGACCCUGGGUUCUCCGGCAACAAUGCAACUGUCAAUGAGCUAUGCGAGGAUAGCUUUGUCUAUUGCGAAAGCAUCAUCGGUCUGCUCAACGUGUUGCACAAUGUGUCCGCCUUUGAUGUUGCGAUAGAAACUCCAGACACAUGUCCAUAUUACGUCCCGGUAGCGCAGUACCUCAACACAGCAGAUAUCCAAUCUGCCAUGGGAGUUCCCUUGAAUUGGACAUGGGAUUCCAAUGUGGUUACAGCGCUCUUCGGCUUUGUCACAGACGGUCCUAUCAGGUCGACGGGUGACAUCGUCCGGCAAGCCGGGAUGCCGAACAUUGAAUACCUACUCGACGAAGGUGUCAAGGUCGCCAUGUUAUUUGGAGACCGAGACUAUCGAUGCCCUUGGACUGGUGGCGAAGCUACGGCCAAAGGUGCGUCAUGGAAGAAUCAGAAGGGAUUCCUUGCUGCAGGCUACCAAGAACUCCAAGGUCUCGGUAAAGGCGCCAAAGGUGGCGUUGUGAAACAAUACGGUCAAUUGUCAUUUACCAGGGUGUUCGACUCAGGGCAUUCGCUGUCUGCAUACGCGCCGGAAGCGGUGUUCAGGAUCUUCAACCGCACUACGUUCGGGAAGGACGUCGCUACUGGUCAAAAGGUUACUGGAGCCGAUUACCAUACCACGGGGCCGACGGACAGCUGGGGUUGGAGGAACAAGAUGCCUCCUCUCAUCCAAGAUAGCUGUAUGGUUGAAGGAAAGUUUCUGCCAGCCAACCCAUGGGCUGCUCUAGCAGCGGAAUAAUCACAUUUGAUUCGGCGAAGGGAUCCAGAGGAGAUCUGGAAGGGGGGCUGCGGCAUAUGUCAGUACCAAUCGAUUUGGAACACGAGUCUUGUUGACGGUAUCAGAGUAAUGACGUCCUUUGGACAUCUUUAUCUGCUUUAAUUACCAAAUCCCUUCUUC